AUGGCAGAGAAUGACACUGUGGUGACGGGAUUUGUUCUGAUGGGGUUCCAGCUGCAGGCAGAGCUGCAGACAGGUCUCUUCUUUGUGUUCCUGGUCCUUUAUCUCAUCAUCAUGGGGGGCAACCUGGGCAUGAUAGGGCUAAUUCAGAGUGACCCUCGGCUCCAGACUCCCAUGUACUUCUUCCUCAGCCACCUUUCCUUCCUGGACAUUUGCUACUCUUCUGUUAUUGUCCCUCAGUUGCUCGAGACCUUGUGGACUGAUGAAAUGGUCAUCACCUAUGGGCAAUGUGUGACACAGUUCUUCUUUUUCACACUCUGUGCUAGCACUGAAUGCUUCCUUUUGGCAGCGAUGGCCUAUGACCGCUAUGAGGCUGUGUGUAAUCCCCUCCUCUAUGCCACAGCCAUGACACCACGGACCCUUCUGGGGCUGGUGGCUGGGGCAUAUGCUGGUGCCAUGGUCAAUUCUGUGAUCCGCACUGGGUGUACCUUCUCGAUUUCCUUCUGUAAGUCCAACCAUGUGGACUUCUUCUUUUGUGACCUCCCACCCCUGCUAAAGCUUGCCUGUACUGAGACCAGGCCACGAGAGCAGAUAAUCUACUUCUUAGCUUUCUUGGUCAUCACAACCAGCAUUUCAGUGGUUCUUAUAUCCUACCUAUUCAUUAUUCAGUCUGUUCUGAAGAUUCGUACUGCAGGUGGAAAAACCAAGGCCAUCUCCACCUGUGCUUCUCACAUGACCGCAGUGGCUCUUUUCUUUGGGACACUCAUAUUUAUUUACCUGAAAGGUAACAUGGGCAAAUCUCUUGGGGAAGACAAGAUUGUGUCAAUAUUUUACACUGUCAUAAUCCCCAUGCUAAACCCAAUGAUCUACAGCCUGAGAAACAAGGAAGUAAAGGAGGCUCUGAAAAAAGUUUUAAACAGGAUGAAGGUUUCCCAAGAAAGGUAA